AUGAUGGAAGAAGGGCUCCUCAACACCAUCGAGGGCCACCAGGGCUGGUUUGCGGCCAGGAACGGCAGUGACAGCUCCUUGGACAUGGAGUCAGUGGUGCCAUCCCUCACCUUGAACCCCUGGGACGUCGUCCUCUGCAUCUCCGGGACCAUCAUCUCCUGCGAGAACGCCAUUGUGGUGGUGGUCAUCUUCUACACCCCGGCUUUCCGGGCUCCCAUGUUCCUCCUCAUCGGCAGCUUGGCCACCGCCGACCUCCUGGCCGGUUUGGGCUUGGUCCUGCACUUUGCCUUCGUCUACUUCAUGCCGUCGGAGGCGGUCAGCCUGCUGACAGUGGGGCUGCUGGUCACCUCCUUCACAGCCAGCGUCAGCAGCUUGCUGACCAUCACCAUCGACCGCUACCUGUCCCUCUACAACGCCCUGACCUACUACUCAGAGAGGACGGUCACCAGGACUUACAUCAUGUUGAUCCUCACCUGGGGAGCAUCCAUCUGCUACGGGCUCCUGCCCGUCAUGGGCUGGAACUGCCUGAAGGAGCCUUCCUCCUGCAGCAUCGUCAAGCCGCUGACCAAGAACCACCUCAUCAUCCUCUCCGUCUCCUUCUUCAUGGUCUUCGCGGUGAUGCUCCAGCUCUACGUGCAGAUCUGCAAGAUCGUGUGCCGCCACGCUCACCAAAUCGCCGUCCAGAGACAUUUCCUGGCCAGUUCCCACUACGUCACCACCCGCAAAGGCAUCGCCACCUUGGCCGUCAUCUUGGGCGCCUUCGCGUCGUGCUGGUUGCCCUUCGCUGUUUACUGCCUCCUGGGGGAUUACAGCUACCCCGCGCUCUACACCUACGCCACGCUCCUCCCCGCCACCUACAACUCCAUGAUCAACCCCGUCAUCUACGCCUUCAGGAACCAGGAGAUCCAGAAAGUGCUGUGGGCCGUCUGCUGCGGCUGCUUCUCCUCCACCGUCCCCUUCCGCUCCCGCUCCCCCAGCGACGUCUGA